AUGGACGACGAUCAAGUGUCGGCAGGAGAUACUUUGGCAGACGACAUCUUCACCUCUAAUGGUGUCUUGGAGAGUGUUCAGGGAAGUUACAAUGGCUCUGAAGGCAAGCAGCCCCAAUACACCAAACGAAUUCUUUGGGCCGUCCCAGUCUCAUUUACUUGA